GCUUUUAAAGACUGACCGUGUCCUGAAAACAAAAUGCAAAAUAAAAUCGAAAGCAAAAAAUUCAAAAAGCUACGGCCCAAGAAGCUGAGAGCUUAUAUUCCUAGCGAGGGACAAGCUCUAUUACCUGAGGAUCUCCUGAGAUGGCAGGAAAAGAGCAUCCUCAUCACUGGCAAACCUGGAGUAGGAAAGACGUCGGUUGUCUUGGAAAUGCUGCGUGUUUGGGCAGAGAAGGAAUACAGAGAGAUAGACUACAUGUUUUACUUUGAUGAAAGUGUUUUGGCCCACGAUGGCGUUUCCAGCCUGGAAGCUCUUUUGUUUGAUGGGUAUUUAAGACCAAUGGAAAAAGACAGAAAAGAAGUGUUUGAAGAUAUUGAGGAAAACAAUGAGAAUGUUGUUAUUGUGUUUGAUGGUGUGACAGAUUUGGAAGAAAAAUCCAUCUUCUGGAAGAUCAUGAACAAUGAUCUCCUGCCUGAUGCCAAGAUCGUGAUCACCUGCAGGUCAGAGGUGGAAGAUGAUCCAGUUUUCUCUGACUGGCCGUCACAAACAGUGUAUGUCCAAGGAUUCAGUGAAGAGUCUAUCAAAACUUACUACCGGAGUAGAUUGAGUCAUGAUCCUGGUCUUCUAGAAGUUGUUUUGAAGAAUCAAGGGCUGAUUAGUCUCAGUCAUGUUCCAUUGUAUGCGUUCAUGAUUGUAAGCUCAAUUAAGUCUAAAAAUGGCACUGUAUUCAAUAAUCAACACACAGUCACUGGGAUGUACGUCCACAUUUUCCGCUUUGCUGCGAAGAAACAUGGGAAUAAACAAAAUAAGCAAAUAGAUAAAUACCUGAAAGAGAAGAAAGAUCAGAUUCAUCUAUUGAUGGAAAAUGCUUUCAAUGCAACUAUGAAAAAGUGCUUGAACCUUCCAGACAUUAGCUGUGAUGAGACUUUUUGUCACGCUUUUCUGAAAAUGAUCACAACAAGAGACUCAACAACAUACUGUGCGUUUCUCCACAACACAAUGCAGGAAUUCUUCUCUGCAUUGUGGCUUCAUGAACAUCCAGAUGAAAUCGAGGAUGUUCUACAGCUCUGUCAGACCGAGAAGCAUAAACACAUGAGACACGUUCUUCCUUUCUUAUGUGGACUUCUGAGUGAACACAACACCAGACUCCUCAAGUGUCUCUUCGCAGAGGAUAAGAUAAAGAGAACAUCUGACUACUUCAUUGAGAAGCUUUUGGACACGUUUCUUCAAGCUCAGAGUGAGAAUGAAGAUGUUGAUCUUCUCUAUGUGUGUCAGUGCUUGUAUGAGCUCCAGUCUCCUAAAGCCUGCUCAAUUCUCCUGGAGAAGAUAGACCAUCGGCUUGAUCUAGACGUGGAUCUGGAUCCUCAUCAUUGUUGUGCUUUAUCUUACGUGAUCGGUCAAUCCAGAGAUAAAGAGGUUUAUCUGAAUCUGGAGCACUGUAACGUGACUGAUGUAGGAAUAGACAUGAUGCUCAGCUGCUCUCCAUACAUCAGGUUAAAGACUUGUAAAGAUUCACUGGAGCAAAUCACCUUCUUUGUAGAAUUAUUCCAUAAAUCCUCCCAGUGUGACUGCAAACUAUUUGAGGUGAGAGGACAAUACAACCCAGAAGAAAUCAAUGCUCUGCUGGAUCUUUGCUCUCACGUGAAGAUCUAUGAGACUCAAACAGGCAGGAGUUAUCUUCCAGCAUUACAGUCAGUAUUUCAGUCUCCUGAUAAAUGGAUCAUAGAUCUCUCAGAGAGAAAGAUCUCCAUCCUCCUGGAAGUGCUGAAGCUCCAGAAAGAGAAGAAAGCAGUAGAGCUGAGAAGAUUUUCAGAGGAAGAGAGAGAAGUGAAGAGUUUCCUUCAGUGUCUGCCCUACAUCUCACAGCUGAGAUUCUCUGAUCAGACUGAAAGUAGGAGAUUUCUUCUGAGACUCUUCAUUAAAGCAGCAGAGAUUGAGACACAGACAGGAGAACAGAUGCUGAAUCUGUUAGUGUCUUUCUGCACCAGCUCUUAUUAUUAUGAAUGGACUUACAUAUUUUAUUAUACUGAUUUCCUGCUGGAUCUUUACUCUCACGUGAAGAUCUAUGAGACUCAAACAGGCAGGAGUUAUCUUCCAGCAUUACAGUCAGUAUUUCAGUCUCCUGAUCAAUGGAUCUUAGAUCUCUCAAAGAGAAAGAGCUCCAUCCUCCUGGAAGUGCUGAAGCUCCAGAAAGAGAAGAAAGCAGUAGAUCUGAGAAGAUGUUCAGAGGAAGAGAGAGAAGUGAAGAGUUUCCUUCAGUGUCUGCCCUACAUCUCACAGCUGAGAUUCUCUGAUCAGACUGAAAGUAGGAGAUUUCUUCUGAGACUCUUCAUUAAAGCAGCAGAGAUUGAGACACAGACAGGAGAACAGAUGCUGAAUCUGUUAGUGUCUUUCUGCACCAGCUCUUAUGAUUAUGAAUGGACUGACAUAUUUUAUGAUACUGAUUUCCUGCUGGAUCUUUACUCUCACGUGAAGAUCUAUGAGACUCAAACAGGCAGGAGUUAUCUUCCAGCAUUACAGUCAGUAUUUCAGUCUCCUGAUAAAUGGAUCAUAGAUCUCUCAGAGAGAAAGAGCUCCAUCCUCCUGGAAGUGCUGAAGCUCCAGAAAGAGAAGAAAGCAGUAGAUCUGAGUAGAUGUUCAGAGGAAGAGAGAGAAGUGAAGAGUUUCCUUCAGUGUCUGCCCUACAUCUCACAGCUGAGGUUCUGGAGGAUUCCUAAUAAAGAAGAAAGGAUGUGUUCAGUCAGAGUCCUGCUGAAUCUCUGUGUUGCUGCAGAAGAAACUGACAGAAAUACAGGAACAAGAUUCUCCAGUCUGCUGUUAUCUGUGUGCAGCUACAAAACAUUCCCUUUUGAUGAAGAGAUUUAUGAUGAUGAUGAUGAUGUUCAGACUGAUUUCCUGCUGGAUCUUUUCUCUCACGUGAAGAUCUAUGAGACUCAAACAGGCAGGAGUUAUCUUCCAGCAUUACAGUCAGUAUUUCAGUCUCCUGAUAAAUGGAUCAUAGAUCUCUCAGAGAGAAAGAUCUCCAUCCUCCUGGAAGUGCUGAAGCUCCAGAAAGAGAAGAAAGCAGUAGAUCUGAGAAGAUGUUCAGAGGAAGAGAGAGAAGUGAAGAGUUUCCUUCAGUGUCUGCCCUACAUCUCACAGCUGAGACUGUCUAAAGAGACUUCCCAGAAGCUGGUUGAAUGUGUUUAUGAAGGUCAAGAAGAAGAACUGACUCAACGCUUCCUGCAGAAAGUGGAAGGAGAUCUGACGUCCUGUUCUUUGAACUGGGAAGAGCUUCAGUAUUUCCUGCGGUCCAGAAUUCAACAAAUCACUGUGGACGUCAGAAACAGUGACAUUCAGUGCAGAAUCAGUGAAAUUCUGCCUUUCCUAAACAGGAUUCAGUUUAAACGGAUGAGCUCUGCCUUCAUGCUGCGUCUGAUCAGAGAGAUCUAUGAGUCCGGCUCUGCUGCGUUUGCCUCCAGUCUGUUGAGUUCAGUGGAGAACUACAUUAACCUGCAGAGCAGAGAUCUGGACUCUGUUCACUGUGAUGCCCUACGCUUCACACUUCAGCACUGCACUGCAGCUUCACUCAAUCUACAGUGGACCUCCGUACCAGAAGAAGAGCUGGAGAGCAUCCUGCCUCUCUUCACACAUGUCUCCAGCCUCAGUGUUGACAGGCUGCUGUUGCUAAAGAUACUUCAUUGCUGCAGUGUCUCUGAUGUCCAGCAGGAGGCAGCAGCUGUUCUUCUCUCUGUCCUUCAGCACAAGCUGGACUUCUCCUGCCGCUUUGCUCUGGAUCUGACAACAAACACAGACUCCGAGCCUCUACAUCUGACCACUGAUGACUGCUGUGUGAUGUCCAGAGUCAUUCAGAGAGCUCAUUCAGACACAAAGACACAGCUGAUUCUUCAGGACUGUGAGAUUCCUACAGCUGGAAUGAAUCAGCUGUUCCCAGUGUUACAUUCUGUUCAGCUCUGCUGUGAUAAACCUCUGCUGCUUCAGUUUCUGGCUCAUGUGAGGCCUGAGGAAGCUCAUUCUCUCUCUCAAGCUCUGGGUGGAGAGCUGGAUGUCAGUCAGACUCCGCUGGAUCUGCAGGCCUGUAGAGGUCUGGAGCUGAUUCUGGAAUAUUCUGAAGGACUGACAGAACUGGAUCUGAGUCAGUGCCAUCUCACAGAUGAUAGUCUGGAUCUGCUGCUCCCAAACCUCCACAAAGCGCAAAACAUUGAUUUUAGUGGCAAUGAUAUCACUGACGCUGGGGCUGAUAAGAUCUACAGGAUCGUCACUCUCAACAGUAACAUAAAGACAGUAAGGCUCUUCAGCAACAGAAUUGAUUCCAGGGAGCUCUUCAGCACAGACCCACGAUUUGAGAUCUGGUGAAAUUCUGGUGAAAUUCUGGUGAAAUUCUGGUGAAAACUGGAAAAAUAACACAUGGGUAGUAAGGUAAAAACUAUGAGGAGUCUUCCAUCAGAGUCACAGAGCAGAAUGUAAACCACAUCGAUUCGUCUCUGUUACAUUAACUGUUUUAAAACAUUAUGAAAUCAAUCUUCACUGUAAACUGUCUUUUCAUCUCUCUACCCUUUAAAUGAUUUUCAUUAUCCUGCAUUAUGGUGAUUUUAUGGGUUUAUUUAUUUUUAACUGAACUAACUGGAAUCACUAAAUUCAAUAAUAAAAUGCAGUUAACUGAAAA